CACACAUUCUUUAGUAAGAAUUAUUCUGGUCAAACAAGCAUGGUGAACUUUGCCUUGGCAACCAUUAGCAGCUUAGCUUAUCUCUCCUAUCUGUAAUCUGUCCAACAUUUAUUGGUCCAAACGACCCGGAUAUCACUCUACACUAACAGUCCUCACCCCAACUGGCAGAAUUAGGGAGAUAGUAAGCCCGUUCGUGUUGCCUUGCUGUCAAGACUUUCUCACGUGCCAUCAUGGCCCAAGCUAAUCCUAGAAGAAGAAGAGGGACCACCAAGCGUUCCAUUACUUAUCUCACUCAAAAGGUGGAAGCACUUGAAGCACAAACAGGACCUCCAGAUCCUGCUGUUGUCGGUCAAGCGCAACACUUAAAGGCGAAACUCGAAUCACUCGAUGCAGAGUUCAAGAUACACCACUACGCAGUAGUUGAUACUAUUACUGACGAGGGUGAACAAGCAAAGGAGCAUUCUGAGCUGGAUCUUCACGAUGACGCUGUCACAGACCUGUGCCUCAGACUCCAAGCUCUUGUCACGACUCAUUCAACUUCCAACCAGGAAAGCCGAAUCUUUCAACGAAGAUUCACUCAACUACGUCUAGAUCUUGAUCAGAUACGUGAUUCCAUUGAGGGACACACACCUGAUGAAGAUACCUGUCUCUUAAAUCAAUUAGAAGAUCGAUUAAUGGAUCUCAAGUUGGAACAUAGAGAGGUACGCAGUGCUCUACUGUCAUCAGAUAUAAAGGAUGAUGAUCCCUUGUAUACUGAGUUAACUGAAACUGGAAAAGCCAUGUUUGAUCAUGCUCUUCAAAUAAAGAAGCUUCUUCGCUCUCAAGCUACUGCUGCUGCUCUGGCAACAGAGAGGAAGGGUGGAGUCAGACUACCAAAGAUGGACGUACCGACCUUUGAUGGAGACAUUCUUAAUUGGAGGAGCUUUUGGGAGCAAUUCGUCAUAUCUGUCCAUGACCGCUCAGAUCUUGCUGAUGCAGAGAAGCUUGUAUAUCUUCAGCAGGCCAUAAAGGAUGGUUCUGCUAAGCAAGCGAUUGAAGGCUUAUCACAUUCUGGUGAACACUAUCCUGAAGCUGUUAGCAGUCUUCGAGCAAGAUAUGACCAUCCAAGAAUCAUCCAUCAGACUCACGUAAAGAAAAUACUCAACACGCCUCCUGUCAAAGAUGGUAGUGGUAAGGAGCUUCGCAAACUCCAUGACACUUUACAACAACAUCUCAGAGCUCUGAAGUCAAUGGAGUACGAUCCCUCGGGACCAUUUCUCACGUCUGUCAUUGAGCUGAAGUUAGAUCAGAACACUCUCUUUGAGUGGCAGAAACACACGCAGGAGACUGUGGCUGUACCCCAUUAUCAGAAGAUAUUGGACUUCAUCAACCUUCGUGCACGAGCUGCUGAGACAUCCAACCCAGAAUCGAAGAAGCCUAAUGUUCCAGCUAACAAGAAGACCGGUACUAGACCUGUCACGACUCACGCCACUACUACUGAUGUAAUUAAGUGUCUGGUCUGUAAAUCUGUGAGUCACCCAUUGUAUACAUGUACCAAGUUUAAAUCUUUUGAUCAUGACCAAAUGUUAUCAGUACUAAAGUCUAAUAAUCUAUGUAUGAACUGCUUCAGACCUGGUCAUGUAGCAUAUAAUUGUAAGUCCGUUCAUCGCUGUAAGCAUUGCCAAAAACCCCAUCAUACUCUGAUUCACAAAGAAACUGGUAAUGCCACCCCACAGUCACAAGCUGCUGGGGCACCCAUCACUACUCACACAGCCUUGGACCUUAAGUCUAAUGCAUUGCUGAUGACAUGUAUUGUAAGAGUACAUGGGCAUAAUGGCUCACACGUAGAAGCACGUGCUCUGUUAGAUUGUGCCUCUUCAGCAUCCUUUGUCUCUGAGAAGGUAGCCACUGGGCUAAGCCUAAAGCGCACAAAACAGAAUGCCGUGAUAUCAGGCGUUGCUGGAUUCACCAGACGGUCAACUCAGCAACCAAUCACUUCAUUUGCCAUUUCCCCUAUCUCUUCCAAUCACAAGAAGUUUAAUGUCACAGCAGUAAUAGUUCCCCGUGUAACGUGUGACUUACCUUCAGCUCCUAUUCUCCAUGACCAAGCUUGGUUACAUUUGAAUGACUUGUCUCUGGCUGACCCUCAGUAUGGGCAGCCUAGUAGAGUUGAUGUUCUAUUGGGUGUGGAAAUAUUUGUACAAGUAAUGCGUCAUGGCCGGCGGGAGGGACCUCCAGGGUCUCCCUUAGCCUUUCAGACAGAGCUAGGCUGGGUACUUGCUGGUAAUGUAUUUGAUAAUAAUGAUUCUCAUGCACGUGUUAUCACUCAUCAUGCAUCUGUCCAAUCAGGUGAUGAUCUAUUACGCAAAUUCUGGGAGAUCGAAGAGAGCCCAGCUACAAUGACUCCUAUGUCUACUGAUGAGCGCCUUUCCGUGCACUACUUUGAUACACAGCAUUAUUUUUCUGAAGAUGGCAGAUUUGUAGUACCCUUGCCUAUUAAGAAGGAAGCCAAGCCUAUAGGUGAAUCACGUUCAGCAGCUGUCAGAAGAUUUCUGAGCAUGGAACGUUCUCUCAAUGCUAAGGGACAAUUUCAGGAGUUAGCAGAGGUUAUGUCAGAGUACUUUGAGAGUGAUCAUGCAGAGCUGGUUCCUGAAGCUGAUUUGGACAAACCUCCUAAUGAAGUGUUUUACCUCCCUAUGCACACUGUGCGUAAGGAAACCAGUACUACCACAAAAAUCAGAGCUGUAUUCGACGCAUCAGCUAAAUCUUCCACUGGAGUUUCUCUUAAUGACACAUUAUUGGUUGGACCUACUGUCCAUCCUCCAUUGAUCGAUGUACUGCUGCGAUUUCGCUCACAUCGUGUAGCUUUAGUUGCAGAUGUUAGUCGAAUGUACAGAGCAGUGAGAUUAACAGACACAGAUCGAGAUUACCAUAGAUUUGUUUGGAGAGAGAGUCCUAAGGACCCCCUGAAGGACUACAGAAUGACACGUGUGACUUUUGGAGUGUCUGCCUCAUCAUUUAUGGCUAAUAUGUGUGUCAAGCAGAAUGCUGUUAAUCAUGCUCUCACUCAUCCACAUGCCUCAAAGGUUGUUGAGAACUCAUUUUACGUGGAUGAUGCACUUACUGGAGCAGACUCAACGGAGAAAGCAAUAGAACUCCAGAGGGAACUACAAGAUCUCUUUUCACAAGCAGGAUUUCUACUCCGUAAGUGGAAUUCGAGUGAAAGGGAAGUACUUCAACAUAUUCCCAGAGAGCUUCAAGACUCUAUGUCUACUGUAGCCAUAACUGAUCCUCAGAUGUAUACUAAAGCACUGGGUAUAGAAUGGAGCACAUCUGCUGAUUGUUUUCGAUUGACUGCUAAUGAACUCUCUUCCCUUGAUGUCAUCACUAAACGAUCUCUAGUUUCUGAUAUAGCUAAAACAUUUGAUGUCUUAGGUUGGUUUGCACCCACAAUAAUUAAAGCCAAGAUGCUGUUUCAACGAUUGUGGGAGCUCAAAGUUGACUGGGAUGAGACAGUACCAUCUUCAAUACUUGAGACCUGGUUGAGAUGGAGAGAUGAGCUUCACUUGCUAUUUAAGGUACCCAUUCCGCGCUAUUACUUUAGUAAGGAAUGUCACAUCACAUCUGUUCAAAUACAUGGAUUUUCUGAUGCCUCCAAGCAUGCAUAUGCUGGUGUAGUCUAUAUCAGAGGAAUAGAUACUCAAGGUAACAUUCAUGUAGCCUUAGUUACCUCCAAGACCAAGGUAGCUCCAAUCAAACAACUCACUAUCCCUAGAUUGGAACUUUGUGGAGCACAGCUGCUAGCUCAGUUAUUGGGUCAUGUGAGGGAAGUGCUACAACUCAGUCUGAAGGAUACCUUUGGUUGGACAGAUAGCACCAUUGUGCUUAACUGGCUGCAGGGUAGUCCAAAGAGAUUCAAAACCUAUGUAUGCAACCGAGUAUCUUACAUUGUCGAAGCUAUUCCUAGCACUAAUUGGUUCCAUGUAGAUGGAGCAGACAAUCCAGCAGAUUGUGCCUCCAGAGGAAUGUUUCCAUCUGAAUUACUUGACCACGAGUUAUGGUGGAAAGGACCCGCAUGGCUGUACAAGAGUGAGGAACAUUGGCCUCAUUCCAAGGACUUGCCACCAAAUCAGUAUGAGGAGGAAUGUACUGAAAUAUGUCUCCAUACCUCAGUACGCAUCAAGACUCCUGUAAUACCUGUCAAUCGUUAUUCCAACUUCAAUCACUUGAAGAGGAUUACUGCAUGGAUUCUCCGAUUUGUUCGAAAUUCACUUCCCAGCAGAGGAAAUGAGAGAUUCUCUUCACACCUAUCAACUCAGGAGUUGUCAAUGGCUGAGAGCUACUGGUUGUCAUUCUCUCAGCACGAGAUAUUCGGUGAAGAGAUAGAGACCCUUCAAGGGCAAGGAGAAAUUCCCCGCUCUAGUAUGCUACUACCACUACACCCAUUCAUGGAUGGCUGUGGAUUAUUGAGAGUGGGUGGUAGAGCUAAGAAUGCAAGAUUACCAUUUCAUAAUCGGCAUCCUGUGAUUCUUCAUAGGAAGAGUCCACUGGUACAUCUUAUUGUAGCGACUGAACACGUCCGACUCCUUCAUGCUGGACCCACAUUACUCAUGGCACAACUCUCAACUCGUUACUACAUAUUUGGUUGUCAUCAGAUUGUUCGUUCAAUCACUCGAGCUUGUGUCAUCUGUCGUCGUGUAUCAGCUAAGCCCAAACCACCUAUGUUAGGUCAAUUACCAACUGCUCGUGUGUCACCUGAUAUUGUAUUUGAUAAGGUUGGAAUUGACUACGCAGGACCAAUCAGUGUCAAGUAUGGAUAUGUACGUAAACCAACUAUAGUCAAGGCUUAUGUCUGUGUCUUUGUAUCAUUGUCAGUAAAGGCUGUUCACUUGGAACCGGUCUCGGAUCUAACCACUGAAGCAUUUAUUGCCACCUUACGACGAUUCAUCUCACGACGUGGUAAGCCAUCUGUCAUUUGGAGUGACCAUGGUACUAAUUUUGUUGGUGCUGCCACAGAAUUGAAGGACUUAUUUCAUUUCUUAAGCCAACAUAAUAGUCAGCAACUCAUAUCACAGUUCUGUUCUAAUCAGAAUAUACAAUGGGACUUCAUGCCAGAGAGAGCUCCACACUUUGGAGGCUUGUGGGAAGCAGCUGUUAAGAGCUUUAAAUCCCAUCUCAAGAAGGUCACUGUCAACAUCAAACUUACCUUUGAAGAGCUGACUACAAUCUUGACACAGAUAGAGGCUUGCCUCAAUAGUCGACCACUUACUCGCAUUAAUUGCAAUGAUGAUGGUAUAGAAGCCCUAACACCAGGACAUUUCCUGAUAGGGAGGCCCAUAGAAGCUCUACCUGAUUCUGUUGAUCUGAGUAGACCUCUCACACUACUGAAGCGUUGGCAUUUAUGUCAAUCUGUUCUAAACCACUUUUGGAAACGGUGGUCAGGAGAGUAUAUUAGUUCCUUACAAAGAUAUGCCAAAUGGAACACGAGUACUCGAAAUAUUGAGGUCGAUGAUGUGGUAAUUGUCAGAGAGGAUGGUCUAUUACCUACUAAGUGGGCAAUGGCAAGAGUCAUUGGAGUCCACCCUGGACAAGAUGGAAUAGUACGUGUCGUAACGAUCAAGACACCUAAUGGCACAUACAAAAGGCCAGUCACUAAAGUAGCCGUACUAAUUCCUACAAGCAAUUGAACAAACACACACGCUAUUAUGUAUAGUACAUUUAUUCAUUCUCAUGACUCAUUCCCCUUUCAUUUAUUUGAUUAAGUUUUGUAAGACCGUCGGUCUUGGCCGGCGGUAUGUUGGACUUCAUAAUUAAUUAUUCAUUGUUAUCAAUUGUAAUAUUACACACAUUCUUUAAUAAGAAUUAUUCUGGUCAAACAAG